AUGGACCAAAACCAUCAACCUGAGAAGAUUUCUAGUUUUGCCCGUAAAGAAGACACUGCAUCCUCCACCGUCACCGUCCCUGAGUCACCAGGAGCGGACUCGCCAAAGCUAGGGGUUGGCGAGCAAAAAACAGAGGAAUCGACAUAUUCAGAGACCAAGGAGGGGGAAAGUGAGAAAUCGGAGGAGAAGACCGAUGAGGUUGAAGAGAAACCAGCCGAGGAAGCUCCGCCACGUCCUUACAGUCUCGAGAAGGCCUUGGAGGAUAUAGAUCAGUUUGUCUCAAACUUUCCCGCCAAAAAUAAAGACGAUAAUGACAACCCGUUGGAGAUCCCGGCGUUUGUGGAGAAGUUCUUGGAUCUCGUGGAGGAAAAUAUAGGGAGGUACGAUUCCAAAGGUGAUCUUGUGAAGUCGAAAUGGUGUCAGGUUGUGGAGGAGGAUGCAUUGUUCAUUGAGGCCUUAGAUCGGAUAUCGAAGCUUAACGCUGCAUUGGUUGAGUUUCGAUCGGAUGCCACUCACGGUUCGCUGAUCAAUCAAGCCGGUGGGCUUCAACAGAGAGUAAUGUCGUACUUGGAGGAGGAAUUCAGGUUGCUUCUAGAAGAUUCUAGGAACAAUGAGCAUGAUCGUGGCGGUGGAGGCGAUGGAAGUGCCAAAUUGAAGCACUCAGAAUCCGAUCGCUGCAAUCUAAAAGAACCAGAGUCCGAGGAUGUUGAUUUUCCAGGGUAUACUGAAGAGGUUUUAUCUAGUUUGAAUCGGAUCGCAAAGGAGAUGAUAUCGGGAGGACACGAAUCUGAAUGCUGCGAGUUGUAUAUGAUAGCGAGAAGGGAAGCGUUUGAUGAGUGCUUGAUCAAUCUAGAAUUCCAGAAGAUCAGUAUCGACGAUGUGCAGAAGAUGCAAUGGGAUGCUCUGGAGACUGAAAUUGCCACAUGGAGCAAGACCUUCAAGCAAUGCGCCACAGUUUAUUUCCAAGGCGAGAGAAAACUCGCAGAUGUAGUUUUCACGGACUAUCCAUCAAUCGCCGGGAGUCUGUUCAGUAAUCUCACCCGCGGCGUGUUGAUUCAACUCCUCAAUUUUGGGGAGGCGAUCGCCAUGUCCAAACGCUCUGCAGAGAAGCUGUUCAAGUUUCUUGAUAUUUAUGAGACCUUGCGUGACAGUCUCCCCGCCAUGAACGGGUUGUUCGAGGAGGAAUCUGCUAAAGAGCUCAAGACUGAGACGACAACAACCAGGUGCCGUAUUGGCGAAGCCGCAAUUAGUAUAUUCUGUGAUUUGGAGAACUCGAUCAAGUCCGAUACAGGGAAGACUCCAGUUCCAGGCGGUACCGUUCAUCCUCUCACACGAUACACCAUGAACUAUCUAAAAUACGCAUGUGAAUACAAAGACACACUUGAACAAGUCUUCAAGGAGCAUUCAAAGAUUGAGAGAGCCGACUCUUCAAAGAGGUCACAGUACGAUGGCGGCCAAGACAACGAAACACCGGAGCGGUGUCCGUUUUCGAGUCAGUUGAUGAGGGUUAUGGAUUUACUGGACGCGAAUCUGGAAGCAAAGUCAAAGCUCUACAGGGACAUUUCAUUAAGCUCAAUUUUCAUGAUGAACAAUGGCCGCUACAUCUUGCAGAAGUUCAAAGGGUCGGCGGAGAUCUACCAAGUGAUGGGGGAUACGUGGUGCAGGAAGAGAUCGUCAGAUCUGAGGAACUACCAUAAGGGGUAUCAGAGAGAGACGUGGGGUAAGCUUUUGGGUUGUUUGAGUCACGAAGGGUUGCAGGUGAAUGGGAAAGUAGUGAAGCCGGUGCUGAAAGAGAGAUUCAAAAGCUUCAACGCAAUGUUCGAUGAAAUUCACAGGACACAGAGUUGUUGGAUCGUGAUUGACAAGCAGCUCCAGUCCGAGCUUCGGGUUUCAAUAUCGGCGGUGGUGAUUCCAGCUUACCGGUCUUUCUUGGGGAGGUUCUCACAGCACUUGGACGCAGGAAGACAAACAGAGAAGUACAUAAAGUUCCAAGCUGAAGAUAUAGAGAACGCCAUUGAUGAGCUCUUCGAAGGAAACCCGACGUCCAUGGCAAGGAGGAAAACGUAGCAGCAGAGCAAGAAGGAGCUGACCAAUCAAUUGAAGCCACGUCAGUGUUAAGAAGGAUGCUUUUGUAGUUUCGGGAUGUGGACAAGGGUACAUGUAGUCAAACAAAUUUUAUUUUGGUUUUUAAAAUCUAUUUUACGGUGAAAUGA